AGAAAAAAUAAGGACUAAGGCUUUAGUAUUUCGUUGUCCAUGGAGGACUUUCGACGUCGGUUGUUACAUAUUAACCGAAGUUAAAAGGUCACUUUCACUUCUUUCUGCCCUAACUCAAACCCAUUCUCUUCCACUCCAAUCUCCUAAGUUUUUUUUUCACGCUCUCAUAUGUGAUUCUGUGGAAGGAAAAGUCGAAACUUUUGCAAACCAAGAGAUUCGUGACCUUUAGAACUCUCUCAACUCCUCCCUCAAUAACUGUGCCGCUCUCUAGACAGGGUGAACCAAGUUUCCAUCUAAUUUGGGUUCAUAAUUGUGUUGCAGCUACAGCUGAAAGAGCACUCAAAUCGGUUCUUCAAGGAAUUUUGGUUUAUUUUAAGGAUGAGUAAUGCAAAAGAUGAAAACAUGCAAAAGAAGCGAGGCGCAACACAAAAGAACAAUAUAAACAAUUUAAAAUCUAAGGGAGUCAAGAAAAACCUUGAGUAUAAUGAUAAAGGACAACCUAUAGGUGAUAAUUACGGAGAGAUGCAAUCAUACAUCGGAGUUAGAACGAGAAAAACAGUCUCUCUAAAUGCUGGUGAUUGGAGGCGUGUCUCGAUCACCUUGAAGAAUAAAAUAUGGGAAGAUGUGUCGGGUGCUUUCAAUAUUGACGAGGGUAUGAAGAAGAAAGUAUUACGUGAUGCAGGAAGAAUGAUGAAAGAUUUUAAGUCGAAAAUGACUAGCAACUACAUCUAUCCCAUGGCAGAAGCGGGUAUGAUUGAACAACUCUCUGUUACUCCAUGCAAGUAUCCAGAGAUUGACCAUGCAGACUGGAUUGAAUUUGUUAAGCACCGUCUAUCUCCUGAGUUUCAGGCCUUGAGGAACGUACAAUGUAAAAGAGCUCUUCAAAAUCAAUCAUGGCAUCGAACAUCUCGUAGAGGGAUGCAUAAUGUUAGAGAAGACUUAAAAAAAGAACUAGGUGUUGAUCAUGUUGAGCGCUGUGAAGUUUGGAUAAGAUCACGAGAAAAGAAGAAGUCCAUGGUCACAGAUUUGGACGGACAAAUUAAAGAAAGAAUUAAUGAGCUGAAGGAGAAAGUUAGUAGUGGCGAAGUUGUAGUUAAGGGUCGGGAUGACAUCCUAACGCUAGCUUUAGGGACACCUGAGCACCCAGGUCGUGUUAGAGCUGCUGGGUCAUCUGCCACCAUUUCUUCCUGGUUUGGAAGAAAAAAAAGGCAGCCAGUGGCCAAAUAUAUUAGUGAGAUGGACGCAGAAAUUGAGAGGCUUAAAGCAGAAAUUGAUGCGCUAAAGAGGGAAACCAAACAAGCAGACCAACUUCAGAAUAUGGAAGAUGAGUACAAUGAUGAAGAUCAGGGUCCUCUACUAAAGAAACCUCGUUUGGAAACAAGUGCGUCGAAGGAAAGAGGGAAACAGAAAUGUAGUGGUGAAAGAUGUUCGGCGAUAGCUUCUGAUGGAGCUGCUAUAGAUCUCACACACCAAGACACACCGCCAAGAACAACUAAGAGCAAAGCUCGAAAGCCUCACAAAACGCUCACACACACUUAACACUGAAAAGUAUGUAUCCAACUCAUUGAGCUCUUUUAUUGGAAAAAAAAUGUAAUACAAUUUGAUAAACGACCAACUAAUUACAUGCCAUAAAAACAUAAGCAUCAUGAUAGACAUUCAUUUGAGCCUUCCAUUUAUGGUGAGGGAAUAUUGUAGAGUGCAAAAAUUGAAUGUAGUAGUGAACAUUCACGUGGAGGUUCAACUAUGGGGUAUUUGGAAAGAGGUGUCCUUGGACUUAAUUAUACGUUGGGACAGCAAUGAAACUAAUAUAUGAUG